AUGUCGAGCAUCUCAAGGACGCUAAGAAAUCUGCGCAAGGUUGGCAUAAAGGACUUCUGGCACCAACUUAACUACAUCGGUGACACCAAGGCCGGUGUCUUGGUCGGCACCGACAAGUUCGGCAACAAGUUUUUCGAGGACAAGGACGAACUGCCACUGCGCACAAGAUGGGUCGAUUUCGCCAAGCACGACUUUGACUCUGCUCAGAUCGAGCCUCUCUGGCACGCCUGGAUCGCCUAUACCGUUGACACCCCGCCGACCCAGGACCCGAUCAUGGAGACGGGCAAGCGCGCCUGGUCGCCCAAAGACCAGGUGCCCAAUCGGACCGCUACCCUUGGCUCGUACAAGACUUACAGCACGACGAAGCCCAAGAUCAACGCAUGGGAACCCUUUGCUGCCCCGAGGUAA